CCAUCUAAGGAAGCUGUCUGGUGGAUAAAAAGCAAGCCGACAUGUUAGCUUCCCCCUUCUGUACGUGUGGUUGUCGGCCGGUCUGCAGCUUCUUUCACCACAGCCGAAACAAAACCUCCACCUUGUCACCAUGUCCGAGAAACUUGCCUACAAAGUUGCUGACAUCAGCCAGGCCGAGUGGGGGCGCAAGGCCAUUGAUAUAGCCGAAAACGAGAUGCCGGGUCUGAUGAAGAUGAGGGAGAUGUACGGUCCGUCGAAGCCGCUCAAGGGCGCGCGCAUCGCUGGUUGCCUCCACAUGACCCUACAGACCGCCGUGCUUAUUGAGACCCUCACCGAACUUGGAGCAGAGGUUCAGUGGUCGAGCUGCAACAUCUUCUCCACUCAGGAUCAUGCUGCCGCCGCCAUUGCCAAGUCUGGUGUCCCAGUGUACGCAUGGAAGGGUGAGACGGACGAGGAGUACAUGUGGUGCAUCGAGCAGACGCUCUACUUCAAAGAUGGACAACCCCUCAACAUGAUCCUGGACGAUGGAGGAGAUCUCACCAACCUGGUCCACAAAAAGCAUCCCAAGCUGCUGACAGGCAUCCGCGGCCUCUCUGAGGAGACCACCACAGGCGUCCAUAAUCUGUACAAGAUGAUGAAGAAGGGCGACCUAAAGGUCCCCGCCAUCAACGUCAACGACUCCGUCACCAAGAGUAAGUUUGACAACCUGUACGGCUGCAGGGAGAGCCUCAUCGACGGCAUCAAGCGCGCCACAGACGUCAUGAUCGCCGGGAAGGUGGCUGUGGUGGCGGGCUACGGCGACGUGGGCAAAGGCUGUGUCCAGGCCCUGCGUGGCUUCGGUGCCCGUGUCAUCGUCACAGAGAUCGACCCCAUCAACGCACUUCAGGCAGCCAUGGAGGGCUUUGAGGUAACAACAAUGGAUGAAGCUAGCCUGGAAGGAAACAUCUUUGUCACCACCACUGGCUGUGAGGACAUCAUCCAGGGCCAUCACUUUGAGAACAUGAAGGAUGAUGCCAUCGUCUGCAACAUUGGACACUUUGACUGCGAGAUUGACAUGAGCUGGCUGAACGAAAAUGCAGCCAAGAAAAUCAACAUAAAACCUCAGGUUGACCGCUACCUGAUGAAAAGCGGCCGUCACAUCAUCGUGCUGGCUGAGGGCAGGCUGGUCAAUUUGGGCUGCGCCAUGGGUCACCCGUCAUUUGUCAUGAGCAACUCCUUCACCAACCAGGUUCUGGCGCAAAUUGAACUGUGGACCAAUACUGCCAAAUAUCCUGUGGGAGUUCACUUCUUGCCCAAAAAGCUGGACGAGCAGGUAGCCGCCGCCCACUUGGACAAACUGGGUGUGAAGCUGACCAAGCUGACUGACAGCCAGGCUAAGUACUUGGGAUUGCCCAAGGAGGGCCCCUUCAAGCCGGACCACUACCGCUACUGAGCUUCCACUGCUCAACUUGAGGAGAGAAGAGGAAAGAGCGAGAGGCGGAGCUACAAAGACGUUUGUCCCGCCUCUGGUGGAUUCUCCGCAAGCGACAAGCAGCCAUCUUUGUUUCGCUUUAGCAUCUUCGCUUGUCGACCAUCAUGCCUCUUUAACUCCAGUGAGGUUAAGAGAUGUUUCUCUUGUCAUCAUUCCCUCUUAUUGGAACAAAAUAAACCCUUUUUCAUGUGGAUCUUAGAGUUAGUGUAGCAAGCUACAAUGCGCAGUGGCCUUAUUCCAGUUUAGCACUUAGCAGUUUACUUGACCACCAGAGGUGGUCUGGAUUCAUAACAAGGUCUUAAACUUUACUUUCUUCCUCUACUGUAAUUGUUUACUUUGACUCGAUCAACUGAUGCACGCCGAGGUUGCUGGUGAUGAUUGUGAUAAAUAAACCUGCUCACCCUA